UAUAAUAAUAUUAGCAUAAUCGUGGCUCUGUGUCGCUAAAUUUGCAUGUACCAGCUGUUUCAAAGGAAGACUCCGUCUCAGUUUCAAAAUCCCUUGUCUCUUCUACCUCCACUAAAGCUGUUUCACCGGGCAUAAAGUUUUAUUAUGGAGAUCCCUGGGUAUUAUUAUGACGAAUUGUUAAGGAGGUACUUCAAAAUACCACCAGCUGAAGAGAGGGAAAUGUAUAGAAUGGGUAAUGAAAAAGAAAAGGAAAAGGAGGAAAGGAAGAAAGUUAUUAAGAAGGAACAUGGUAUCACUGAUACUGUAUCUCUAUUAAGAGACAGGGCAUGUUCAGCAUCUGUAGAUACUCUUAAGAUUCACUGUCAAUUAUUUGAGGGGAUGGUAAGACAGUUGACUCAAGUAGGACAUCUUAUUACCAGUAGUGGUCACAAUAGAGCUGCAUUGCUGCCUGCAAGACCAAUUGGAGGUAUUACUGAGAGUAUAAAGUUUAAUGAAUCACGUCAGGUCUUAUCUGUAAUGACGGAGUAUGCGUCUAAAUGGGACUUAAAUAACUUGUAUUUUACAUCAGCUAAUGGAGAAUGUAAUUUUCAAUUGUGUUCAUUUAAAACUCGUUAUUCAAGGCCAGCACACUUUGAUAAUAGUUGGGAUUUUUAUGAGCGUGCCAUGGUUACUAAAUCCUUCAUAAGUAGAUUUGAUUGUCCUAAUCCACCUAUCAUUCUAUUUGAUUGGGAUACCAAGAAAGUCUCUUCAGUUUCCUGGGACAGACAUUCUUCAACUGAUAAUCCUCCUAUUGCUCUUUUAGGAUAUGAAGAGGGGACCUUUAAGAGGAUUGAUGUUCAUUGUAAGAACUUAUCUAAUGAUAAAUUAUUUACUUCUAAUGCUUCUGUGAACGACAUUGUAUCAUUUAGUAAGUCGAUGGUGACCAGCCUGACUGCCUAUGGGAACAGAGCUGGCCAUCAUUCCCCCUCCCCCGUUGUCUUGACGAUAAAACUGAGGGGGGUAGUCAUCAAAAUCAGGUAA